ACAUCAUCUUUUUCCUCGCUAGGUACCAACUAGAUUAUAAAUUGCAUACCGAGACGUGGUGGGGGACGGAAGUAGAAGUCGAAGCCAGAGCCAUGGUAUCUUAAGAAAGCCUUUCUCUUCUUGUCGAAGCUGAGAGCUACGCCUCCAGAUUUCCGCGAGAAAAAUUCUACGACAGCAUUUGCGUUCCCAUUCUCGUCUUCAACCUUGACCUAGAGGUCUAUCCCACCCAGGUUAUCUAAUUUGCUACCAUUCUCCAUUGAUUCCAACUUUCUUCUACACUUUUGCUUUAGGAAAGUGUCCAACAGAUGGCGCUCUCUGUAAAUUGCGCUCAAUCCAGCCGCGUCCACACAAAGCAAAAUAGCAUGACUGGAAUCUCUGGCAAGGAAAUCAAUCUCAAAAAUAAAAAAUGAAUAGCUUGAACAGAUAAAGCAGAAGUUGUUUACGUUUACCCACAAUUUUCCACAAACCUCUCUGGGACAAGUAGUCUCUUCCAUUUAGGUUCAAAUGUUCAGUAAGUCUAAUGUAAAACUGUUGUGGGGAGGGUUCUAAUGUGCCAAGGAAUUGAGGCAACACUCAUGGUUGCCAUGAUGUCGGGAGGGCUGAAUGAAGAUGCCCUUAUCUGCCAUUAUUGCUGGGCAGUUUUUUCCAUUUUGGCCAUUGAUGCAGCUGUAGCAACAAUGGCAGUAUUCAGUAUAGAUUGGGUUAUUUGGAUAAACAUAUAUUUUUUUAUCCACAAAAAACGGUUCUGAAAGUUCUGUUUAUUUUAUCCACAGAAAGAAAGGUUCUAAAAGUUCUGUUUAUUUUACACUAAGACUUUUCCUUUCUGUCUUGGAUCGAUUUCCAUAUUCACAAACCAAAUAAAAAAUGCAAAGCAGUAUACCUUCUCAACAAAAUACAGAAAUCCUCAUUUCUGCUGAGAACUUGGUAGUUUAGUUAAGUUUCUGUCUACCAGAUAGGUAUUUUUUGAAUAUCGGAGAUUCUAUUCACAGAUGGGAAGGAUUGCUUCAUAUCCCUGUACAUUACAGUCCCCCUUUCCUAUUUAGUAACAGCAGAAAAUGGAAAGUAGUCUCCAUGCUCCAUUUAUUAAGCUAAUAUACGUUGUUUGUAUUGUUACGAGUGACUGCCCGUGCCAAUGCUCUACCUAACAAAGUUGUGUUCUUCUGAAAAUUGUUGGUCAUGUGUUACGAAAGUUUGUCAGGCUUUAAUCUUCCAAUCUUUUCCACGCCAUAUCUUUCUGCUCCCUUUGCCUUUCUAUCAGUUCGAAAUAAUGUAGAUUAGGUAAGUAGCGAUCGAUGGUCACGAUCUUUGAGAUCGUCUCGCAACUCAUUAGACACACUAUGGACCAUUGAUUUGCAAAGUCAGCUGGUGCAUCUCAUAUAAGAAACGCCUUCGGCGUAAUAAAAAAAGAUAUUAAUACAGCCGACGGGAAUAAAACUAUUGAUGGCUGAACUGGAAGACCUGCUCGCGCGAAGGAUGCAUUCUGCAAUCGCUCCAAGGGUUUUGAAUAUUCACUUAAAGAUAUUUUUCUUUAAAUUUUUUUCAGACCAUUCUCCGUACGAAUGUGAGGUGAACUCAAACGAAUUUUUAAGAUUUUGAUGAACGGCGAAUGCUGUGGCAUAGGAUUUACUCAUCACAUUGCUUUAUAGUUCAGACUUUCAGCUGAGUUCUUAGUUCCUGGCAAAGUGACAGAUCAUGAAACGAGCUUUGGACGAAGCAGGGGAAUUAUCAGUUCCCAAGAAGCCUGUGUUUUUAACAAAAUCUCAAAGAGAGCAGCUUGCAUUGCAACGUCAUGAAGAGGAAGCUUCCGAACAACGAAAAAGGUUGGAGGAGCAACAAAAACGUUUUUCAUUGUCUGCAGAAAGGCCUUCUGACCAAGGAGAUAGACAUCGCCAUCACGAGAAAGAUCGCGAACAUGAAAGAGAACGUGAUCGAGAGUUGGAGAAGGAGCGCAGGGAUCGUGACAGGGAAAGGGAAGAGGAAGCGAAAAUUAGAGAGAAAGGACGCCUUGAGAAGCAAAGUGAAAGAGAGAAAGAGAAGGAAUUAGAAGCUAUUAAAGAACAGUAUCUGGGAACAAAGAAGCCUAAGAAACGCGUCAUCAAGCCAAGUGAGAAGUUUCGAUUUUCAUUUGACUGGGAAAAUACUGAGGACACUUCAAGGGAUAUGAAUUUUUUAUACCAAAAUCCUCAUGAAGCACAGUUGCUGUUUGGUCGAGGUUUCCGAGCUGGGAUGGAUCGCAGGGAACAGAAAAAGCUUGCGGCAAAGAAUGAGAAAGACCUCAGGGCACAAAUACGGAGUAAAGAUGGGGUAGAGGAGAAGCCAGAAGAGGCAGCAGCGCAAAGACAAAAGGAAGAAGCUGCAAAUGUUUAUGAUACCUUUGAUAUGCGUGUGGAUCGCCAUUGGUCAGAAAAGAAGCUUGAAGAAAUGACAGAGAGAGAUUGGCGAAUUUUCCGAGAAGAUUUUAACAUCUCAUACAAGGGUUCCCGAAUUCCACGACCCAUGCGCAAUUGGGAAGAAGGAAGUCUUACGUCAGAACUAUUGAAAGCUGUGUCUAAAGCUGGUUACAAAAAGCCAUCUCCCAUUCAAAUGGCUGCCAUUCCUCUUGGCCUUCAGCAGAGGGACGUUAUUGGUAUUGCAGAAACAGGAUCGGGAAAGACUGCUGCAUUUGUAUUGCCCAUGUUGACAUAUAUAUCAAGGCUCCCUCCUAUGACGGAGGAAAUUGAAGCUGAGGGACCUUAUGCAGUUGUUAUGGCCCCAACAAGAGAACUUGCACAACAAAUAGAAGAGGAGACUAUUAAAUUUGCCCAUUAUCUGGAUAUUCGAGUGGUUUCAAUUGUUGGAGGUCAAUCCAUUGAAGAACAAGGUUUCAAGCUGCGUCAGGGAUGUGAGAUUGUAAUAGCAACUCCUGGACGCUUGCUGGACUGCCUGGAAAGAAGAUAUGCUGUUCUUAAUCAGUGCAACUAUGUUGUUUUGGAUGAAGCAGAUCGCAUGAUUGAUAUGGGCUUUGAACCUCAGGUUGUUGGAGUUUUGGAUGCAAUGCCUUCAAGUAAUUUGAAGCCUGAGAAUGAGGAUGAGGUGCUGGAUGAGAAGAGGAUAUAUAGGACAACAUACAUGUUCAGUGCAACAAUGCCAUCUGCUGUUGAACGCUUAGCUCGGAAAUAUCUCCGGAAUCCCGUUGUGGUCACCAUAGGUACUGCUGGCAAAGCAACUGAGCUGAUAGCUCAACAUGUGAUGAUGUUGAAGGAAACUGAGAAGAUGGGGAGACUUCAGAGGUUGUUAAAUGACUUGGGAGAUAAAACAGCGAUCGUAUUUAUCAACACAAAGAAAACUGCAGAUUCUUUAUCAAGGCAAUUGGAUAAAUCAGGUUAUAGAGUGACCACACUUCAUGGAGGGAAGACACAGGAACAACGUGAGAUAAGCUUGGAAGGUUUUCGUAAUAAACGCUUCAAUGUUCUUGUCGCAACAGAUGUGGCUGGUCGUGGCAUUGAUAUUCCAGAUGUUGCACAUGUGAUCAAUUUUGACAUGCCAUCAAACAUAGAAAUGUACACCCACCGUAUUGGACGUACUGGACGUGCUGGCAAGACAGGGGUGGCAACUACAUUCCUGACACACUAUGACAGUGAUGUGUUCUACGAUUUAAAACAGAUGCUCAUUCAAAGCAACAGCCCAGUGCCUCCAGAAUUAGCACGUCAUGAGGCCUCAAAAUUCAAACCAGGUUCAAUACCUGACAGACCGCCCAGAAGGAAUGACACAGUCUUCGCACACUGAAUACCAGAUUGGAAAAAUUAUUUCUUGAAUGAAUCCAUUUGUCACCAUAAUAAGGUCUGUUUAUAAUUAGAAUUGGCUAUGAGCUUAAAUAUGGAAAAUAACUUACCUUUAUUUUUGCAAUCCUAUAUUUGAUGUGUGGAAAUACUUUUAAUCUGGCUAAAUAAAAAAUGUAAGUGCAUUUUGUAUUGCCAAUUCAAGCUGUAAAAAUAGUCUUAA